AUGUCCAGCUUGCAUGAUGCUACCCUGGUUCAGUGCAUUUUGCAGGACUCUCGCACCGUGAACGGUGAGAACAUCAAGACCAGGCUGUUUGGAAAAAUACCACUAUUGUGUGAGAUCCUGACCCCAGUCUACAAUGACCGACCGCUACAACAUCCACAGUCAGCUGGAGCACCUCCAGUCCAAAUACAUCGAAUGAGACCAAGGCUCGGGUUCCUCGUGGGGUAA